AGCUCAUCAAGUUUGCAAGCUGUCCACAUACCAAAUUUAAGCUUUCCCUCUUCUUUUCUCUCUACCUUCUGCAUUCCCUUAUUUUCUCUAUUUAUGGAACGUCAAGCAACAAAAGUAAGAAAAGUAGUGCGACGAUGGAUGUGCGGCAGAUUAUGGGUGCCAUUCUUACUUUUUCCAUGUUUCUGAUGCUUGCCAACAUGAUCAAAAGGGAUCACUUUGAUGCUGAUGUUUUCAUUGAUGUCCCAAUAAUGACAUCAAAUGUGGAACAAGAUGUCUUCAAAAUUACCAAGCACAGUCUUAUUCAACUUACUAAUGAGACACUCAAAAAAGAUGGCGAAAGGUUAAAGCUUUGUUGGAACAAUUCUUUGCUACCAAAAGGCACAAACCACUCGGAAGGUUUUGUUACAUUCUCAUUAACAGACGGCCCCGAGUAUCAUGUUUCACAGGUUGCUAAUGCUGUGCUAGUUGCUAAACAUCUUGGAGCAACUCUUGUGCUCCCAGAUAUCAUUGGGAGCAAUGGUGAAAAAAGGGGUUUCGAUGAAAUUUACGAUGUUGAGAAAUUCAUAACAAGCAUGAGCGGUGUAGUUCAUGUAGAAACUCGUAAACAUCCUGAACUGAAACUCGUUAGUGUAAGAGUUCCUUACAACGCAAACCGGAACUACAUCCUGACAAAUAUCCAACCUCUAUUUUAUACCACACAAUACUUGCGGGUUAUAACCUAUUUUCCAUCGUCAACCACGAGCCAAGGGAAAGUCGACAAGGAUAUGAACCCGCACUCGUGUUGGGCGACGUUUGAGGCUCUCCAUUUGAAUCCCGAAUUGCAAGAAGUUCUGGACUCGAUCGUUGGGAAGAUAAAGGGGCACGGAUUGAAUGGUCAAUUCAUCGCCAUUGACUAUAAGGGUGAGAUCGUGGGGACAAGUGCUUGUCGAAAUGACGGAAUGAACAGGAUAAAAAGCUGCUAUAACCCGAUGGAAAUCGCACAAUUUCUACGGAGGGUCGGUUAUCAAAAAGAUACGACGAUCUACGUGACUGAUCAAUCGAGAUCAGAUAAUGGCCUUAACGUGCUAAAAGAUUUUUAUCCGAACACAUUCACAAAGGACGACAUAAUGCAAGAAACCGAGAAGGGUAAGUCAGAAUUGGAACUCAAGCUCAUCGACUUCAAAUUAUGUUCGAUUAGUGACGUCUUUGUGCCUGCAAAAUCCGGUCUUUUUUACGCAAAUGUUGUUGCAAACAGAAUCGCAAGUAGGAAGACGGAAGUUUUUGUGCCAGCUCAAGUUACAUCAACCUUAGCACGAGAUCACAUAUCAUCAUACAUAUCAAAGAGGAGUCACCCAGCAUACGCUUGUUUUUGUCCAUAAACAAAAGCAAGCAAAAUCGUAUCGAAAUCUAAAAUAAAAUAUAUGUAAAAACGCCUCUAUUUGGUUUAAAGUGAAAAUAAAGCGACUCUAAGUUAAGUCAUAUAUUUUAACAAGACUACAAAAAUAACCUUAACAAAUUAACAACUGAAUUGAAAAUUAGAAUUCUCCCAGUUGUAUAUCUAAAUAAUCCCUCUUAAAGUGGUCUAUCGGAUAAUGCAAUGCAACUUGCAAAAGCCAAAUGGAGCAUCGGCAGCAGCACAAGAUUUAUAAUACAAUCAGAAAAACAAACACAGAACA